GCAUGCUGGUCGACACGCGAUCAAACAAGCUCUGCACUGCAGCGCCAGUACAGUGCCCUGGUCGACCGGCUAUGCCGACAAGAAGUGUCGAAGAUCGACAGGCCGCGCCGCUGGUUGUGAACUAUUAAAAAAUUUUGUUUGGCUGUAGGUAGAUAGAUCUACCUGGCCGUCGAGAGAUUCCAGAGGCAGAGACAGUAAAACUAAAAGACAGUGAAAAGCAGUGAGGUGCGUCAGAGCGGAGAGCAAGCUGGGGACGGACAAGCAGUGUUUCCACUUUCGAUACUUGGAUGAAAACGUGUAUUGGCUGUAUGCUGCGUCGACGUCGCGUUGCGAGACCCGUUCUUCAACGGUUACUUGUGGUAGGGUGAGGGCAGGCUCAACGACGGCGGGAAGGAGGACAUCACGAUUGUUUGACGAAUGCAGCAGUCGAGAAGUAGUUGUGCUCUGCUCAAUCUCAUAGUCUCUGGUGUGUAGCUGAGAUUUUUGGUGUUGCAACAGCGGUCUGCAAGUCCAAGUCCAAGCUGUUUCCAAUGGAGAGUGUGCAGCCCAUGCCAGCAGCCGACCAGAAUGGCAGUCGGACGCUGAUUGAGGAGAUCACGCAGACUCCUUUCGUCAAGCAUGCCGAUGGCAACGUUCUCGUGUGUGUGAACGAAGACUAUGGCAGUACAGGUGGCCAGCAGAUUUCCUUUCUUGGAACGCCUGACAAGCAGAGGAGGGAGGCGCAUGCGCUAUUCGACCGCAAGGCGGCCAUGGCUGAUGAGAUUGACCUGUGCAAAGGCGACUACUUGGUGAUCACAGACAUCCAUGAGGAUGGCUGGGCAAGAGGGAAGAACUUCAGAACAAAGAAGUAUGGACUUUUACCGAUCAACCAUGUCCGUAUCCUUCCCAAGCAGCCGCAAGAAGAGCAACACGUGCAGCAGCGGCAGUCCUCACAGAGUUCGCAAUGAUGCUGACAUUCACAGUCUAAGUGUCCCCGUAUCGCUGCACACAAGAUGUUCUCAUGUUGAUCAGGGCUUAGCCUGCCUACACUGCACCAGGCGGUGACUUGCUUGGCUCUCACUCCAGCAAUCAUGUUUUUGCGCUCUAUACCCUACAGUUCAGGACAGCAAGAGAUCAGCCCUGCUAACUAUAACUGCAAUGGACGACCAUGCAGCUUUGCUAGGCCAUGCGACUCAUCUAUUCACUACUACUCCUCAGCGGUGCGAUUCCAGCGACAUUGUACAACAAUGCGGCUGCUGCGACCUCGUGGAAGCGUGGGCACUCGUACCGAGCAGCAGCAGCCCCCUGUAAGUGCUUGCAACACACUCUUCGCCAUUCAUCCCCUCUGGCAGUGGUUCACAAGGACGUUACUCAACAAUCACGGAAUCAUCUUUGACAGCAGUUCUACUGCUCUAGCCCGGGUAGCUGAGGUAGUCUAUCGGCAAACUCCCACACUGAGCAGUAUCAUUAUUUAUCUGGAACUUGAUCAGCAGCCAACUCAUCACGAUUUCAUGCCGUUGAUGUAGAGAAUUACGUAUUUCAUUAGGCCACCACCCGUCUAGCAUAUUAUUUCUAUUCUGACCUUCUCAGAUUCUUCAGAGCACCUGGAACAGUUAAGCGCCUUCUCGCUUUCCUGGUUUCCUGGCCUCGCAGAGUAUUUUCUAUUCAAAGUUCUUACGGUACAGCAACCUGCAAAUCUGUGUUGGCUACAGUUGA